AAAGAAAACAAUUUUAGUCCCAUUACUGUUCUCUCCCUCUCUGCCGAAAACAAACAAAUAAAAUAAAUAAAGCUUUCGAAAUUGAAGUACACCACUUCUUGUUCUUGAUUUUCAAUUCUCUUUGAGAUCCACACGACCAAGAAAAUUAUUACAAAUCAUUCCAACUUCCCACUUUUUCUUCAGUUUCUUGCUUCAAUCUUCAAAACAAAAUUUAAAGUAUUAGAAUUAGAAAGUAUCGCCUUGCUUUUUUUGCUUUAGAUUCUCCAAAAAGAAAUUAGUUCAUUAUUAUUAUUAUUAUUAUACCCAUUUGGAAUUUGAUCCAGCUAACUACAUUUUAGUCUCCUCCGCCAUUCUUUUUUGUCCUAAAAUACACCCUUUUCAAUUCUUACUCAGUUUAGUUCAAAGGAAGAACAUUUCUUGGAUUUGAAGUUGGUUAAAUUUCUGGGUUGUUCGUAAAAUUUGGUUUGGUUCGCUGUGAUCUCAAAGGCUGGUUAAAUUUUAUUUCUUUUUUGUUAUUGGGUAAACUGGGUUAAAAAGCUUGGAUCUUUUUCUUGAUAAAUUAGUUUGGGGAUUUUUUUUAAUGCUUUAUUGAUAAUAUGCAGCCUGAUCAGAGAAAGAAGUCAUCUGUUGAAUUGGAUUUUUUCACUGAAUAUGGCGAGGGGAGUAGGUAUAAAAUAGAGGAAGUUAUUGGUAAAGGAAGUUACGGUGUUGUGUGUUCAGCAUACGAUACACAUCUUGGAGAAAAGGUUGCAAUUAAGAAAAUCAAUGACAUCUUUGAACAUGUUUCUGAUGCCACCCGCAUACUUAGAGAGAUUAAACUUCUCAGACUUCUACGUCAUCCAGAUAUAGUGGAGAUCAAGCACAUUUUAUUGCCUCCUUCCAGAAGGGAAUUUAAGGACAUUUAUGUUGUCUUUGAGCUGAUGGAAUCUGAUUUACAUCAAGUUAUUAAAGCGAAUGAUGAUUUAACACCAGAGCACUAUCAGUUCUUUCUUUAUCAGCUUCUUAGAGGCAUGAAAUAUAUACACACAGCUAAUGUCUUUCAUCGGGAUCUAAAACCAAAAAACAUCUUAGCAAAUGCUGACUGCAAGUUAAAAGUCUGUGACUUUGGGCUUGCAAGAGUAGCAUUUAAUGAUACCCCCACAGCUAUUUUCUGGACGGACUAUGUUGCAACAAGAUGGUAUAGGGCUCCUGAAUUGUGUGGCUCAUUUUUCUCAAAGUAUACACCAGCUAUAGAUAUAUGGAGCAUUGGAUGCAUUUUUGCUGAACUUUUGACAGGGAAGCCUCUUUUCCCUGGGAAAAACGUAGUCCACCAAUUGGAUUUAAUGACUGAUCUGUUGGGAACACCCUCACCUGAAGCCAUUGCAAGGGUACGAAAUGAGAAGGCUAGAAGAUACUUGAGCAGCAUGCGGAAGAAGAAACAAAUUCCUUUCUCCCAGAAGUUCCCUAAUGCAGAUCCCCUUGCACUUCGUUUGCUGGAAAGAAUGUUAGCUUUUGAACCCAAGGACCGUCCCACUGCUGAAGAGGCUCUUGCUGAUCCGUACUUUAAGGGUUUGGCCAAAGUCGAGAGAGAGCCGUCCGCCCAACCAGUUACGAAAAUGGAAUUUGAGUUUGAGAGACGAAGGAUAACCAAGGAAGAUGUACGAGAGCUUAUUUACCGAGAAAGUCUAGAGUACCAUCCUAAAAUGCUGAAAGAGUACUUAGAAGGUUCCGAGCCAACGAGUUUCAUGUAUCCAAGUGCUGUUGACCAUUUCAAGAAGCAGUUUGCUUACCUUGAGGAGCACUAUGGAAGCGGUGCGACUGUUACUCCGCCUGAGAGGCAGCAUGCGUCCUUGCCAAGGCAAUGUGUGUUAUAUUCAGAUAAUACAGUACAAAACUCUGUACAAGUUGCAAAUGAUCUAUCCAAGUGUUCUAUCAAAGAAAUGGAGAAGCCCCAUGUUGAGCGGAGUGGCGGGAUCCCAAUGACAAGGCUACCUCUUCAAGUUCCUCAAAGUAUCCAAGCAAGUGCUGCAAGACCUGGAAAGGUUGUCAGUUCAGUCCUACGUUAUAACAAUUGUGGGGCAGCAACAACAGUUGAAGCUCUUGAACAGCGAAGGACGGUCAGAAAUCCUGCCAUUCCAACUCAAUAUACUGCUGCAAACUCUUCAUAUCCACGAAGAAAUCCAGUUUGUAAGAGUGAAAGGGGAGAAGAUGAAGGGGUUGAAGGCUCCAACGGAUUGCAGCCAAAGCCUCAAUACUUGGCAAGGAAAGUCGCCACUGCUCAAGGCGGAUCUGGGAAUAACUGGUAUUGAUGAUGUGGCAGGCUUGAACACGUCAUAGCCAAUGACCGGCCUUGAGUUGAAGUCCAUAACAUUUGAUCUUGCUACCAAAGUGAAAUUUGAAGGUUUCUAAUGCUGUUCUCUAGCAUUGUUUUCUACGAGUUCAUGUGCUUGAGAAGAUCUUCAGGGCUCCGAUAACUUUUGGAGGGUAUUUUGUAACUGACUUGGCUAAUUUGAGUUGAGUUGGUUUUCGGUGCUUACGGUUCAUGACCCUAUAGCUUUCUGAUUUAGCGCGAUGACUAACACAAAAGAGGUGUAUGAUUUCAUGAUUAAGGAAAGGCAAACUAAUUCGCCAUUGUCAUUCGUUGCAAAAUACUAGUGUUUAAUUUGCUUUCUUUCCCCCUCGUAUGGGGCUAUAAUCCUAAUAUUCAUUUGAUA